UCCUUUCACUCCCAUUUUCCGUUUCUCAAAUUUCCUCCAUUCCAAUUCUCCUUUCGAUCAAAAUUUCGAUUUUCCCUUCUUUCUCUUCGCCAUAUGAAAUAACACAAGAGAUUUGAAGGAAAAGGCGAUCGAUUUGUGUGAGGUUAUAAUACUAAUAUGGCGAAGAACAGAGAGGAGGAAGAACAUAAUAAGGUGGUGACAUUGACGGAGGAGGAAGAGGAAGAAUUGGAGGAACAAUUAGGUUCUAGUUUGACACUCGAACGUGUCGCCGCCGCGAAAAAAUUGAUCGAAGAUCAUUAUAAAUCGCACAUGAAACUCAUCCAGGAUCGCAAACAAAGGCGUUUACUGCUAGAAAGGAAAUUGGAAAGCUCUGGUGUACCAAAGGAGGAACAAAUGAACCUUCUAAAGGAAUUGGAGAGAAAAGAGACAGAGUAUAUCCGACUAAAGCGUCACAAGAUUUCUGUUGAUGAUUUUGAGCUUUUGACGAUUAUUGGGAGAGGAGCUUUUGGAGAGGUCAGGUUGUGCCGGGAUAAAAUAUCUGGUAAUAUAUAUGCAAUGAAAAAGUUGAAGAAGUCUGAAAUGCUAAGUAGGGGGCAGGUUGAACAUGUUCGGGCCGAAAGGAAUUUGCUUGCUGAAGUAGCAAGCCACUUUAUUGUAAAACUUUAUUAUUCUUUCCAAGAUGCUGAUUACUUGUAUCUAGUAAUGGAAUAUCUGCCCGGUGGUGAUUUGAUGACGUUGCUGAUGAGGGAGGAGACAUUAACUGAGACAGUCGCAAGAUUUUACAUUGCUCAGAGUGUUUUAGCCAUAGAGUCUAUUCAUAAGCAUAACUACAUACACAGGGAUAUUAAACCCGACAAUCUUCUUUUGGACAAAAAUGGCCACAUGAGGCUGUCUGAUUUUGGUCUAUGCAAGCCGCUUGACUGUUCGAAUUUAUCUCCUAUAAAUGAAAAUGAAGUGAUGGACGAUGAGAACUCAAGGGGAUCUGCUAACAAGGGAACUGGAAGCUGUUGGAAUAGCUCACUUGAACAACUGCAGCAUUGGCAAAUAAACAGGAGAAAAUUAGCGUUUUCAACAGUGGGCACUCCUGACUAUAUUGCUCCUGAGGUUUUACUGAAAAAAGGCUAUGGAGUGGAAUGUGACUGGUGGUCACUUGGCGCCAUCAUGUAUGAGAUGCUCGUUGGCUAUCCCCCUUUCUACUCUGAAGAUCCAAUAACGACAUGUAGAAAGAUUGUUCAUUGGAGAAAUCACUUAAAAUUCCCAGAGGAAACAAGAUUGAGUCCUGAAGCCAAAGACCUGAUCUGUAGAUUGCUUUGUGAUGCUGAAAAUCGCCUUGGUUGUCGAGGAGCAGAGCAAAUAAAGGCUCACCCCUGGUUCAAAGACAUAAAGUGGGAUAAACUUUAUGACAUGGAGGCAGCAUACAAGCCAGAAGUCAAUGAUGAUCUUGACACUCAAAAUUUCAUGAAGUUUGAUGAGGCAAAUCAGCCACCAGCAAAAAUUAGUUCAGGACCCCAUAGAAAGAAGCGUCUGAUUCCGGAAGAUUUAAGUUUUGUUGGCUAUACCUACAAGAAUUUUGAGGCUGUCAAGGGAUUGAGACAUUCUUCGGGUGAUUCUGCAGUGGAUUUCUCAGGCAUGCGCUCAAUUGAUGACAAAGAAAUACUUGUCCAUUCUGCAUCAAUGGAUACUGUAACUCUUUCAUGAACACGAUAAAACUGACUGAUCAACAUGCCAUUUUAUGGUUUCUGGAGGUAAUACAUUGAGUCUUCAAUUCAAGUUCUGACCUCUUCCCACACAGAUGACCAUGUACAACAUUUAACUGUAAAAGUAACAAUAUAUAGGACCUCUGGGUAGGUUUCUUCUUGGCAGCUACCAAUAGGAGUUUUUUCAAACUUGAAAGUUGUGUAUACAAACAUUAAGAGAUUGUCUUAAUUGUAUCUGUCUAGAGUCUCCUUUUCAGUUCUUAUCCCCAGAUUUUGUAGAUUCAAACAGCUUGUACCAAGAAAACUGGGAAAUCAAAUAGUUUGCUUCCUUCUUAACCA